CUCCUCCCAUUGACUUGGCUCCUCCCUCUGAGCACGUAGCGGACGUGAUGACGUCACACGGCGGGCUGUUUCAAAUCGCCAGGAGGCUCCCGGAGGGAGGAGACUUUAUCUGGCCGGGCUCGUGUGGGACACUUGCGGCCUGAGGACUCCGAGCGAGCGGCCCCCGUGAGCCCUGCCUGGCGAGAGAGCCAUCAUGAGCUCCUCCACCCCCCACUCUGCUGGCUGCCAAGGAAACAGCUCUUCGGACAGCGUCUUUGUGUCCCCUGGCACUAUACGGCAGCCCCUGAGCGCCUGUGGCACCCCCGUGCUGGAGAAUUGCCCGGGGAAUGACGAUGAGCAGGAGAGGAAGCGGCGGCGGCGCUCCAGAGUUGUUGACCUGCAAUUUAGCACAGAAUCGCCCCUGUCUUUACAGUCUCCCUCCAGCAAACAAGCAGAAACAUCCUUGCCAGCGAUUCCACAGUUGUCAAAUGCUCAGAUAGCAGACCACUAUUCCACAUGCAUCAAACUUUCAACAGAAAACAAAAUCACCACAAAGAAUGCCUUUGGUUUGCACCUUAUUGACUAUAUGACCGAAAUACUCAAGCAGAAGGACUCUGAACUCACCAACUUCAAGGUAGCGGCUGGUACCUUGGAUGCCAGUGCAAAGAUUUACGCCGUGAGAGUGGAUGCCGUCCAUGCCGACGUUUACCGGGUUCUGGGAGGGCUGGGCAAAGAGUCGGCACCGGGGGAGGCUGCGGAGGGCCAGGAAAGAGGUGGAGAGAAUGGCGAGUCUGAGAGGUCCAAGAAGCAUCCGAAUAAAAGGAAGCACCUGUACAAAACCAUUGAACAGAAUCUGAAUAAUAUCAACGUCUCGGAGGCGGAUCGUCGGAGUCAGAUUGAUCCCACGUUCCAGCGCAUGGCGACCUCCUUCGACGAGUGCAGUACAGCCGGCGUUUUCCUCACCACGCUUCAUACUCACAGCCACCUCAGCAAAGUCCUGUUUGAUUCCAUGGUCAUGCCUCUGCCUUCUUCCGUGACCACUGAGUUGCCGAGUCCUUCAGAUGUGAAAGUGGCCGGCUUAAAAGCCAUCCUUCUGCAGUGUGGUGAAAAGCGCCCCAUUUGCCCAUCCUUGGCCGGCUUUCGGUUUACUCAGUGGAACAGUGACACCCAUAAUGAGUCGGUAUCGGCUCUACUGGAGAAAUUUAAGAAGAGUGACCAGGCAUUUGAUAUCGACGCAGAGGUUGACAGUGACCCUGGGGACCCUGUGGCGGAGGAUGAUUUUGAUGCUGAUGCUCUGGACAAGACAGUGGCAAGGGACCUUGGGGAAUUCUCAGAGAAGCUGGAGGCGUGUAGGAUGGCACCGGGAAGCUCCAGAAAAGAUGUGGUUCCUUUGGGGGAAGGUGAUGUCGGGUCCCUGUGCCUUCAUGUGUCCAUGAACCCCAGCGAGUAUUCUUACUUCAGCCCCCGGAUCAUGUCCAUGUGGGCAGGCCCAGAGCACUGGCGUUUCAAGCCUCGCCAUAAAGGUGAUGCCAAUCCUGAAAAAGUGAGCAGAAGGAAGGCAGCAAAGAAAGCAUUUGAGCUCCAUUUUGAAGAGGAGGUGGACUUUGAGCCUUACUUCCGCAAAACCCGGGCAGCCACAACUCUAUCGAAGUCGACCCUUGAAGGUCAAAAUAAGAAAAGCAACACCCUCCCUGCGGAUUUCCGUUAUGACCCGGACAACCUCACCCGCCUCUUUCUCAAACCAGCCCACCGGCUGUUAAAGGCGCCUCUGCAGAACAGCUCUCCCAGUCGUGACGAUGAAGUAGGAGAGUACGAUUACAAUAAUCCCAAUGAUAUCUCCAAUUUUUGUCCUGCAUUGCAGGAUGCUGACAGCGAUGAUGAUGAUGAUGAUCCUCUGGGGUUUGUGGGCCAGGGUGGGAUGUUUGAAAUGACGGCCAAUCCUGCUGGAGCAGCAGAUGAAGAGGCCGGACACGAGGGAGGCGGCGUCGAGCUCAACAUCACCACUUACGGUGAAUCGAACCUGGUGGCUGAGCCACAGAAGGUGAACAAAAUAGAUAUUCAGUAUGCCAAGACAGCCAAGAAGAUGGACAUGAAGAGGCUGAAGCAGACCAUGUGGGUCCUUCUGACGGAUGGCCCAAAGACUCAAACUAAGGAAGAGAAUGAAGCUGUGGAGAAAAGCACCAAUGCUUCGAUGGUAUCCGGUCAGAAGGUCUUCAGUAGCAUCACUAAGGAUCUGCUUCACAGGCUGCCUUCCGUGAUGGCCAAGAACUUGUCCGUACCCUUGGCGUUUGCUUCCCUCUUGCACUUGGCUAACGAAAAGAACCUGAGGCUGCAGGGCAUGGAGGACUUGUCUGAUGUCUUAGUGCUGCAAGAUUGAUCUGCUACUUAAAGGGAGAAUAAGAAACGUCUUGGACCACCAAGGAGGGUGUUUAUAACCUAAAGGCGGUUUAUUGCUGCAUGUUGGCUGCUUCAGAACAUCUACCCAUCAACAGCUGCCUGGGACAUCAGCUCGGUUCUGGCAGUUCACGAGACUGACAAACAUCUGUCAUUCCUUGAUGAUAUAGAACUGUGCACAGUUGGGAACACGGUGCCUGCUUUAAAGCCUCAUUCUUUCUGUCAUGCUCUCCUGAAUUCUACAACUCACCUUUCUCACCUUGCCUAUUUAGGGGGGGUACUCUACAGACUGUAAUCUGUGAUUCCUCUGAAAAAUGUGUUCUUGAUGUGAGCAGAAGAGUGGCAAAAAGCUGCUGUAUUGAAUCAGCCUUUUUAAAAAUUGGUGUGAACUUUUUGUAAAUAAACUGUGUGCCUUUU